AAAUGCAGUUAACCUAAGUUUAAGGAAUUAUAGGUUGGGAUUUGCGUGUGGUGUUUGGGAAAAUAAAUUCGGAGCACAGAGACAGAGUGUGCGGCAUUACAACUAUAAUGGAAUGGCUAAGUCCUCUUUCUCCUUCCGCCUCUCCGUCUCUCGCCGCCGCAUCAAGAAGACCACAGCGCCACCCCCUCGCCGGUCCCCGCCACAGCCUCCCUACGCCGCUGGGAUCACCACUUCACCGGAUGGAGCCGCAAACAACCGCCUCGUCGCAGGCGCAGGUGCCGGCACGUUGACCAAGGUGAAGAAGAAGACCGGCAGCGCUCGGCUCUGGAUGAGGUUCGACUGGUCUGGCGGGUCCGAGCUCGUGGUGUGGGAGAAGAACACUAUCAUCCACCACGCCGCGAUUCCCGCUCGAGACCUGAGAAUCCUUGGCCCCGUCUUCUCCCACUCCUCGAACAUCCUCGAUAAAUGUAUAAAACGACAUUUGGGUUCGUGUCGCACACUUUGGCAAUCUGCGGUUCCAGCAACGCUCUCAGAUUCAGACAUUUCAUCACGCGUUAUAGACGACAGGAACAUUCUGAGACGGAGUCUGAACAACUCCAAAUUCGGUCUUCACGUUCUGGACCUCAUCCAGUGCGGUUCGCUCAAACCGGACAGAAGCUUGUAUAACACGUUGCUAAAGAGGUGCACCCAGUUGGGGAAGCUCAAAGAAGGAAAACUAGUGCAUUUCCACAUUCUUAAUUCCGAGUUCAAAAAUGACCUCGUUAUUCAGAACUCUGUUCUCUUCAUGUACGCGAGGUGUGGCAGUUUGGAAGACGCCCGCCGCGUGUUUGAUGAAAUGCCGUGCAGGGAUAUGGUCACUUGGACCUCCAUGAUCACUGGCUAUGCUCAGAAUGAAAGCGCCAAUGAUGCGCUUGUGUUGUUUCCCGAGAUGCUCCGGGAUGGUGCAAAGCCGAAUGAGUUCACAUUGUCGAGCUUGGUGAAAUGUUGUGGAUUUAUAGCAAGUUAUGGUUAUGGGAAGCAGAUCCAUGCUUGUUGUUUGAAGUUUGGAUGUAACUCUAAUGUGUUUGUGGGGAGUUCCCUCGUGGAUAUGUAUGCUAGGUGUGGCUACUUGGGGGAGGCAAGGUUGGUUUUUGAUGAGUUGGGUUGCAAGAAUGAGGUUUCUUGGAAUGCUUUGAUAACGGGUUAUGCUAGGAAGGGUGAAGGAGAGGAGGCUUUGGCUAUGUUUGUGAGGAUGCAAAGGGAAGGUUAUAUGCCAACUGAGUUUACUUAUUCGGCCCUUUUGGGUUCUUGUUCGAGUAUGGGGUGUUUGGAGCAAGGGAAAUGGCUUCAUGCGCAUUUGAUGAAAUCGGGUAGGAAGUUGGUUGGUUAUGUGGGGAACACCCUACUUCACAUGUAUGCAAAGUCGGGCAGCAUUUGGGAUGCAGAGAAGGUUUUUGGCAAGUUGGUAAAAGUUGAUGUUGUUUCUUGCAAUUCCAUGCUGAUAGGGUAUGCCCAACAUGGGCUUGGGAAGGAAGCAGUGCAGCAUUUUGAAGAAAUGAUAAGGUUUGGGAUUGUACCCAAUGAUAUAACAUUCCUCUCUGUUCUUACUGCAUGUAGCCGUGCUAGACUUUUGGAUGAGGGUAAACAUUAUUUUGGAUUGAUGAAAAAGUACAAUAUUGAACCAGAAGUCUCACACUACGCUACAAUUGUUGAUCUUCUUGGUCGAGCUGGUCUUCUUGAUCAGGCAAAGAGUUUCAUAGAAGAAAUGCCAAUUGAGCCCACUGUUGCUAUCUGGGGUGCUUUGCUUGGUGCUUGCAAGAUGCAUAAAAACACCGAAAUGGGCGCAUAUGCUGCCCAGAGGGUUUUUGAGCUUGAUCCUUCUUAUCCAGGGACACAUACGUUACUCGCCAAUAUUUAUGCCUCUGCUGGGAGGUGGGAGGACGUUGCAAAAGUCAGAAAAAUAAUGAAAGAUAGUGGACUGAAGAAGGAACCAGCUUGUAGCUGGGUUGAGAUUGAAAAUUCUGUUCAUGUGUUUGUGGCAAAUGACCUUGCCCAUCCACAGAAAGAUAAGAUCCACAAACUGUGGGAGGAGCUAAAUCAGAAAAUUAAGGAGAUUGGCUAUGUUCCUGACACUAGUCAUGUACUUCUGUUUGUAGACCAACAAGAAAAGGAAUUAAAUUUGCAGUAUCAUAGUGAGAAACUGGCUCUUGCAUUUGCCCUUCUUAAUACUCCUCCUGGAUCUACUAUACGCAUUAUGAAGAAUAUUAGGGUUUGUGGUGAUUGCCACUCAGCAUUAAAAUAUGUGUCAUUGGUGGUUAAGAGGGAAAUCAUAGUCAGAGAUACCAAUCGGUUUCAUCAUAUUCGUGAUGGAUCUUGCUCUUGUGGGGACUACUGGUAGUGCUAAUUUUUCCGUAGAUUCGUUGGUUCUCCAUUUUUAACUCUUUCAUGAUGGUUAUCUUUCUUACUGGAUUGGUGUCAAUGAUCUUGAUGCGAACUCUGAGAAAUGACUAUGCAAAAUAUGCUCGGGAAGAUGAUGAUUUGGAAGGCCUGGUGUGGUUUCAAGACUUUUAUAUUUAAUUAUUUGCGGAAUAUGAAUGCUUUCUUCCUCUAGAAGCUAUCGUGGUUGUAAUUGUUGAAUAUUUGGUCAUUUCUUCCAUGAUGGCAGGAGAGAGAUGUUAGUGAAGAAUCUGGCUGGAAACUUGUCCAUGGUGAUGUUUUUCGGCCUCCUCGCAACUUAGUUAUUCUUUCAGCUGUUGUUGGCACAGGUGCUCAGCUGGCAUUGCUGGUUCUUCUUGUCGUCUUGUUGGCUAUUGUUGGGAUUGUAUGAUGGGCGAGGAGCAAUAGUCACUACUUUCAUUGUGUAUCAUGCUCUUACAUCUUUUAUUUCUGGUUAUGUGAGUGGGGGGAUGUACUCACGGAAUGGCGGUAAAAGCUGGAUUAAAUCCAUGAUCCUUACAGCUUCUCUGUUCCCAUUCUUGUGCUUUGGAAUUGGAUUUAUCUUAAACACCAUUGCUAUAUUCUAUGGGUCUCUAGCGGCAAUUCCAUUUGGCACAAUAGUGAUUGUAUUUGUCAUUUUGGCUUUUAUCUCGUUCCCUCUAGCACUUCUUGGCACAAUUGUUGGAAGAAACUGGAGUGGUGUUUUGAAUAAUCCCUGUCGUGUAUUCCUCAUCCCAUUCCUGAAAAGAAGUGGUACCUCACACCCUCUGUGGUUUCUCUAAUGGGAGGACUGCUACCCUUUGGAAGCAUAUUUAUUGAAAUGUAUUUUGUAUUCACUUCCUUCUGGAAUUACAUGGUUAAUCAAGCCACUACUAUGACUUGUUUUAGUGAUAAGUUUCUUUUUUACUUAUUGGUUUUGAAUCGGAUAUAGUAGUUUUCCAUGCGUCAUCAGAGCAAAGGAAUAUCAAGGAAAAUAAUUGUUGAAACUGGUCUUUAAAAGUAAAAUAUGCGUAUAUUUCAGUUGAAGCUAUGGAACAUCUGCACAUGGGCUUAUAUAUUUUUUCCUCCUCUGGCAUGCAGAUGUACUAUGUGUAUGGCUAUAUGCUGCUAGUCUUUCUAAUUCUUAUCAUCGUUACAGUUUGUGUGACAAUUGUGGGGACAUACUUUUUGUUAAAUGCUGAGAACUACCACUGGCAAUGGACUUCUUUCUUUUCAGCUGCCUCAACAGCUGUUUAUGUGUAUUUGUACUCAAUAUACUACUACUAUAUGAAGACGAAGAUGUCAGGUUUCUUCCAGACCAGCUUCUAUUUUGGUUACACUCUGAUGUUUUCUCUUGGAUUAGGAAUUCUAUGCGGAGCAGGAGCUGUGAGUUUUCUGGGUUCAAAUAUAUUUGUUGGGAGGACGUUACAAAAGUCAGAAAGAUAAUGAAAGAUAGUGGACCGAAGAAGGAACCAACAUGUAGUUGGGUUGAGAUUGAAAAUUUUGCUCAUGUGUUUGUGGCUAUGAUCUUGCCUAUCCACAGAAAGAUAAGAUCCCUAAAUUGUGGGAGGAGCUAAAUCAAAAAAUUAAGGAGAUUGGCUAUGUUCCUGACACUAGUCAUGUGCUUCUGUUUGUAGACCAACAUGAGAAGGAAUUAAAUUUACAGUAUCAUAGUGAGAACCUGGCUCUUUCAUUUGCCCUUCUGAAUACUCCCCCUGGAUCAAUUAUACGCAGUAUGAAGAAUAUUAGGGUUUGUGGUGAUUGCCACUUAGCAAUAAAAUUUGUUUCAUUAGUGGUUAAGAGGGAAAUCAGAGUCAGAGAUACCAAUCGGUAUUAUCAGUAUCUCCUAAUCAUAGACGAGUAUCAUGGGAUAGGUUUUUUGUUCAAAUAUUAUCACUGAUCAUAAAAGGAGUGAGUUUUUUUUUUUUUUUUAUGGAAGUUAUAACUCUUAAUUCAUUGUGAUUUUUUUGUU